AGCAGUUUAGUUUAGACAGGCGGACGGGCAGCUGCGAAACCAAGACCGGGUUAGAAAAAGGAAAGAUUAGAAAAAAAAAACAAAACAAAACUUCUGGAAGUGUUGGCCGACAAGUUAUCUCUGUUUGUUCUGUAAGUGUGGAAUGAAUCUCCUCUCUCUUGAAGUUGUUUGCUCCAUAACCGGUUUUGAGGAGGCGGUGAGGCGCGGCGGCGGAUGGAAACACACAGCAACAGCAGCGCCAAACUCACAAUGCGCCCUGAGUGAACAGAGGCAGGGAGACAAUACAGAUCCGCGGGCACACUGAGGGGCUGCCAUCGCUCUUCUGGACUCUGUUUUCUCCUCGGAACCGCUGCCAGAGUUGCAUCCCCCCCCCACGGCUGAUUUAUUGAUUGACUGAGACAAAAUUGACUUCGCUGCACGGGCAAAGUGGUUUUGAUCUCCAAACUCAGCCAUGACGUCUCCGGCGAAAUUCCGAAAGGACAAGGAGAUAGUGGCCGAAUAUGAAACUCAAGUUAAAGAGAUCCGUGCCCAGCUGGUGGAGCAGCUCAAGUGUCUGGACCAGCAGUGUGAGCUGAGGGUGCAGCUGCUUCAGGACCUGCAGGACUUCUUUAGAAAGAAAGCAGAAAUAGAGAUGGACUACAGCCGCAAUCUGGAGAAACUGGCGGAGAGGUUCCUCACAAAGACACGCAGCACCAAGGACCAUCUACUCAAGAAGGAGCAGAGCAUUUUGUCUCCAGUGAACUGUUGGAACCUGUUGCUGCUUCAGGUGAAGAGGGAGAGCCGUGACCACGCCACUCUGUCCGACCUCUACCUCAACAACAUCAUUCCCCGCUUUGCACAGAUCAGUGAGGACUCAGGACGCCUCUUCAAGAAGAGCAAAGAAGUUGGCAUUCAAUUGCAAGAGGACCUGAUGAAAGUCAUGAAUGAGCUUUACACGGUGAUGAAGACGUACCACAUGUACAACACUGACAGCAUCAAUGCUGAGUCCAAGCUGAAGGAGGCAGAGAAGCAGGAGGAGAAGCAGAUGGGACGCUCUGGUCGACAGGAUGACCGCCAGACGCCGCGCUCACCUGACACUUUGGCCAGCAUUAAAACUGAUGAGAAACCUGUGCGGCGCUCCAGUGUGAAAAAAAUAGAAAAGAUGAAGGAAAAGAGACAAGCUAAGUACACAGAAAACAAGCUCAAGGCCAUCAAAGCCAGGAACGAGUACCUGUUAGCCCUUGAGGCCACCAACAGCUGUGUCUUCAAAUAUUACAUCCAUGACCUCUCUGACAUCAUUGAUUGCUGUGAUCUUGGCUAUCAUGCCAGCCUGCACCGUGCACUGAGGACCUACUUAUCUGCAGAGCAAAAUGUAGAAACAUCCAAACACACAGGCCUGGAAACACUGGAAGGAGCAGCAGAGAGUCUGGAACCCAACGGUGACAAACAAAAACUGAUGGAGACCUACAACAACGUCUUCUGCCCCCCAGCACGUUUUGAUUUCCAGUCCCACAUGGGAGACACGAUGGGUGUUGUGUGUGCACAGCAGCCAUUGGAAGGUGAGUUGCUCCAGAGGUGCCAGCAGCUGCAGUCCCGCCUCUCCACACUCAAGAUUGAGAAUGAAGAGGUGAAGAAAACCAUGGAGGCCACUCUGUCGACCAUCCAAGACAUGGUGACAGUGGAGGACUAUGAUGUGUCCGAGUGCUUCCACCAUAGCAACAGCAUGGAGUCUGUCAAGUCCACUUUCAGCGAAUCCUAUCUCAGCAAGCCCAGCCUAGCCAAGCGACGGGCCAACCAACAAGAGACGGAGCAGUUUUACUUCACAAAGCUGAAGGAGUUUCUGGAGGGCAGGAACCUGAUCACUAAGCUGGAUGCCAAGCAUGACCUUAUCCAGAAAACCCUGGGAGAGAGUCAAAAGACUGACUGUUGCCUUGCCAGUGGACGCAGAAACUCGACAGUGCGGAAGCAGGACUCGGGUGAGGCCAUUCCUCUGAUGGUCGAGAGCUGCAUUCGCUUCAUCAGUCGCCAUGGUCUGCAGCAUGAGGGCAUCUUUCGGGUGUCUGGGUCUCAGGUGGAAGUAAAUGACAUCAAAAAUGCCUUUGAGAGAGGUGAGGACCCGCUGGCCGGAGACCAGAAUGACCACGACAUGGACUCCAUUGCCGGUGUCCUGAAGCUCUAUUUUAGGGGACUGGAUCACGCCCUCUUCCCUAAGGAAGUCUUCCACGACCUCAUAUCCUGUGUCUCUAUGGAAAGCCUUCAGGAGCGGGCAGUCCACAUUAAGAAAGUCCUGCAGUCUUUGCCAAGCAAAACCCGCAUUAUAAUGAGAUACCUCUUUGCCUUCCUCAACCACCUGUCUCAGUACAGUGAGGAGAACAUGAUGGACCCCUACAACCUGGCCAUCUGCUUCGGUCCCACCCUUAUGUCAGUCCCAGAGGGCCACGACCAGGUCUCAUGUCAGGCCCACGUGAACGAGCUCAUUAAAACCAUCAUCAUCCACCAUGACACCAUCUUCCCAGGACCCCAAGAUCUACAGGGUCCCAUCUACACCAUCCCUGGAGCUGGAGACGACUUCUGUGACAGUCCACAUUGUGAGCCCCCCCUGGUGGAAGAGCCUGCACCCGACACAGUCUCUGUCAGCCGCAACAACAGUGAAGACGGCUCCUUGGCUGUUUCAGAGUCUGAUCCGAUAGAAGCCAUAGCUCGGUUUGACUACUCUGGCCGGACCAGUCGGGAGCUAUCGUUCAAAAAGGGUGCCUCUCUACUUCUGUACCAGCGAGCCUCCGAUGACUGGUGGGAGGGUCGACACAACGGAGUGGAUGGACUGGUGCCACACCAGUACAUUGUGGUCCAAGACAUGCCUGACGGGGGACGGGGAAGUCCAAAGCCUGACGUAGACACCAGGGAUUUACUGGAAGAAAGAGUGUCCACUAGAGGCAGCGCUGCGUCCCCGACUGGAGCUCAUGUGGCUGACAUCUACCUGGCCAACCUAAACAAGAUGAGGAAGCGUCCAGAGUCUGGGAGCAUCCGAAGAGCUUUCCGGAGUUCCGAGAGUGACAGUACGAGUCCGGGAGCCAGCGGAGGGGGGGUGAGGACUGCGUCUCUUCCUGUUGGGGCGGCUCUGGUGAAAGACAGUGGGGACAAACGGCCCGUCAGCGCUCACAGCAUCCUCAACUCUGUCACUCGCCACUCCUCACUAAAGACCAAGGUGGAGAGUCCACAGCUGCGCAAAUCAACUCCAGCAGGGCGGUCCAAGAGCUUUAGCAACCACAGACCACUGGACCCUGAGGUCAUAGCUCAGGUGGAGACCAGCUCACAGGACAUUGAGGCGGCGAUGAGCUCUGCUUUGAGUGAGCUCAGAGAAUUGGAAAGACAGAGUACUUCCAAACACACACAUGCCCCUGACGUGGUUCUGGACACUCUGGAGCAGUUAAAAGGAGUAGGGGGCAGCGGAGGAGGAGGGGGAGCCUCUGAACCCUCCAGUCCACUCCACUCUCGUCUGUUGCGGGACAAUGAGGGGGGCAGCUCCCACGCCCACCCACUUCAGCGCAGUGCAUCUUCUGCCAGUGAUGUGCCCUCCUCUUUCCGGCCCACCAAGAGCCAGCCACGGAGCCCCCUGCCCUCUGCCACGUCCCCGUCCCUGUCCACCUCCUCCCUGUCCUCCUCCGUACCUUCUUUCAGGGAGCUGCGCCCCCCAGCUACGAGGCCCAAACCGGUGGUGUUUCCAAAGAGUGGAGGAGGACCAGGAAGUCCAGCCAUGGGCUCCCCAACCUCCACUGUCCCCACUACGCCUCCUCCUCCACCGACAGGCCACACACACUCGCUCCCUCACACCCCUCCUCCACCACCUCCACCCCAGUCCAAUGACAAAUCCUGCCCAGCCUAGGACCCCCCUACCCACCCACCCACUUGGCUCACCUCUGAACCUCCACACUGAUUCUUACUGAUCUGAUCUUACAGCUCUUGUACCAGGUGCUGCAAACACUUCAGUUGUUUCACAAGAUCUCGAACCCUCAACUCGUGUGUAGCAUUCACUUCUUGGACGAUCUCAGAUGCCAUGAUUCCUUCAGAUCCCGUCGGAGUGUAUUCUGCCCUCUCCUGGCAGCUCUGCUUACUACAGGUCAACUGUCAAAAUGUAUAGAUAGAAGAGCACCGCUUGUUGCCGCCACAGAGAUUUUGAGAGAGCACUGGAUUAAAACAACAAUUUACAAGGGAAAGGAAACAGGACUCAGGACGGACACCUACUGACCUACAGCACCUGGAACUUGCAUACACUAGUUCAGAAUGUGUGAAAAAUAUAAUUUGAGUGAGCGUGCAGGAGUGUUAUUUGCCUUUACAGAUCUAAAUGAGGAACAAAAAAAGCACUGUUUGAUUUUUUUCUUUUUUUCUUUUUUUUGUAUAGUGGAUGUGACGUUUUCUUUUUCCUUUUAAAUGACCUGAUGCCUACCGGACUGGAAGGGAGUGUUUGAUUCCUAAAAAAAAAAAAAAAAAAAAAAAAAAAACAAGACUGUGAAAUUCUAAGCUUUCACUCUGCGUAGACACGAAAACACACUGACUUGCUGCUCCAGAGGUGGAAGACACGAUAAUAAAAUCAGACGUCUGGAAUGGUGAUGAAAAUGAAAAAAAAAGAGCGGUCCAAAUACCAGUUUAAGUCAUGUGAUCGAAAGCUUUAUUGUAUUGCUUCCUCCAGUGUUCUCUAGAUUUGGUGUUGAUUUUUUUUUUUUUUGGUUCAUUAUUAUGUAUUACAAAAGGAGCGUAACAGGAGCAGUGCUCUCCGAUAUUUACCUAACAAAGGCCAACAGUAAUCCUAAAUCCAUGUAUAGCAAUAAAAAAUAAUACAAGCUGGCAGUUUUAGGCAUUAUGCUGCUUUCUCCUGCAGCUCUAUUGUGUGUGUAGGGGACCAGUGAAACCCAGCAUUUUUAUAUGUAAUGUUGGACUUUACACACACUUUCUAAACAUCUUUUGUGUGAUGGUGUUGUGGCAGCUAAACGCCUUUUCAGGUUUUCCUUGCAUGCUGGGGUCGUAGACAGCAGCCACAAUGGCAAAGCCAGCUGAUUGCAUCAGUUUCUGCACCAGCUUUAUAGGACAAAUAAAAUUACAGCUUGCUCCUUUAACUAUAUACUUCAGAUUUAACAGUAAAAAGGGUUUUUUUUUUUAUUAUUAUUCUAAUGGUGUGUAUGUAUGUUUAAUAAUCAUGAUAACUGGAAGCAUGGAGCUGAGGAUCCUCCUGAGUGUGUUUAGACAAAAGCACAACCAACCACCUCAUCCUAAGCGUUUUUAAGCAAAGUUAGUUUUUAUUAUUGCUUUUUUUGUGUUGUUUAUUAAUGCUAAAAAAAAAUCUGUUACGGUAAAAUGUUGAAUUGUGUAGCUGUCUGGGUGUAUGCAUGUGUGUGAGCAUGCGUGGAUGUCAAGUAUGUAUGCACCUCACCUCACCCUGCCACACACUGGCCCACCCAUGUAGGAGAAGAUCCCACCCAGCACCAACAAUCUACAGACACACAGGAAAAGGCUUCUACCAGUGGGUUCAAUGCUGAAAAUAUGCACUGUGUACAGGUGAUCACAUGAAAUGCCUGCAGGGAUACAUGAAAAGUACAUUUUUCUUCAGUCACUGCUGUGGGAGACCAGCUUUACUUAAAAAAAAAAAGCAAACUAAAAACACACAAAAACAUAGGGGCUCAAAAAUACUUUCUGCACAUUGACAAAAUCAGUAUGGUAAUGAGUGAUGGACAUGACACAUGGCGUUCAGACUAAACUGAACAGAGCCAUUCUUGAUCAUCCUUUAACGUGAAAAGGCGUUAAAUGGGUUUGUAGUGGCUGUUUUCUUAUUCCUAUAACAAGCCCUCUCUUGCUUCCUUGAAAUACAGCACAUACCGCAUUCCUGUAUGCUCUGCCAGAUGAGUUUUUUUUUUAAUCUUUGUAUAUUGUUAGUGUAUUACCUUGUGUAUUUGUGUUGCUCUUACCUCAUCGUAACAACUGGAGGGACUGUGACUGUGUUUGUGUUUGUGUUGAGAGGUUAAUGGCAGAGACAUAAACUCUCCCUACCAGCACAAACACACACUCUCACACAUACAGACCUGCAUGUGGGUGGUUGGUGUGUUUUGUCCCAGCUGCGCUGUUAUGGGAGAGCUGGGACCCUCAUCGAUCU